AUGUCUUUCCUAAGGUUACCAACCAUUGGCAAGGCUACCAAGAGAAGGCGACUGUAUGAUACUGGGCUGAUAGCAAGAGCAUACAAAGAUGUAGUCUCUUCUGGGAUGUCUGUGUACAAGGCAGCCAGGUUAUAUGGUAUACCAGAGUCCACUCUACGUGAUAGAACCCUUGGGCUCCAGCCAGUGACAGGAGAGAAAGAAAAUCUACCCAGCAGUGGUCCACCUCCAACAUUUACUGCCCAGGAGGAGCAGAAACUAGUAGAACAUAUAAGCUACAUGGCAAGCAUAGGGUAUGGCUAUACCCGUGCUGAAUUUCUCUGCUUGGCAUUUGAUUGGGCCGUUACAUUAGGAAGGAAGAAACAGAGUGAUCCAGAUUUUGCAGCAUCAUGGUACAAGGGAUUCAAAAGACGGAACCCAGAUGUAACUUUAGCAAAACCCCAGAAAUUGUCUGUGCUUAGAGCAAAGUGUACCUCAGAUGAGACCAUGGACAAGUAUUUUUGUGAACUGGCGAAAGUGCUGAAGAAGCAUGACCUUGAGAACCACCCAGAGUUCAUCUGGAAUAUUGAUGAAACGGGUUUAAUGAUAGAGCACAACCCCCGCCAUGUUAUAUGUAUGAAGGGAACAACACCUCAGGCCAUAACCUCAAACAGGGGGAAAACAGUGACAAUCAUUGCUAGUGGAAGUGCAGCAGGCAGUAGAUUACCGCCAUACUAUGUAUUCCCAGGGAUGAGAUGGAACCAGGACCUUUUGACAGGGGCUUCUCCAGUAUCAGCGGGUACAGUUACAGAGAGCGGAUGGUCUAAUUCUGCUGUGUUUAUGGAAUACCUAGAACAGCACUUCCUUAAGCACGUUUCAACCAAGGAUCAUCCUGUCAUGAUUUUGUUCGACGGCCACAAGUCCCAUGUCAACCUCACACUUUCUACAUGGGGAGAGGCAAACAAUGUGGUAUUCUUUGUGUUGCCACCGCACACCUCGCAUGUAAUACAACCCCUUGAUGUAGGUUGCUUUGGACCGCUUAAGAACAUCUACCAUAGUGAGUGCCAGGCUUACAUGCGCAGGAACCCAGGGCUGCAGAUCAACCGCUGCAAUAUAGCAGAAGUCUCCAGCAAGGCAUACAACAAAGGAGUUUGUGCAGAAAAUCUCAUAAGUGCUUUCAAGAAGACUGGUGUGUAUCCUCUACAGCGGACAUCCAUAGGAGCUGCAGAGACUACUCCAUCCACCAUUUACAUUGAAAACAAGGAACAGCCAAUCGGUGAACCUGCUGAGUCUGUAUCAUUCCUUGAAAGCAAAAAAAAUCUUGAAAGUGCUUGA